GUCACAGUUUUAAUCUACUUGAUGAAAUGUUUUCUUCCAGAUAUUUUAACUACAAAAAGGAGCUCCAAUAUUCAGCAAAAGAAGGACCCCUGUCACAGGGAGGAGCAGUUCAGAGUGAUGAAUGAUUUCGCCAAAGGACAGCGUCUGUCUUACCCAAAAGUCGACAUCUUAAGGAAUACAAAUAUAGUCAUCUUAAAAGGUCCUGGCAACAUAAGACCUACUAACCCACAUGGACAAAACACAAACGAUUUAGAGAGGAGAAUAAAUCUUCCUCAAGAUGUAAUAACCUUUAUUAAAUCCAGUAAUGCUGUUCAUAAGUACCAGACACUCUUCCAGCAGCGGUUCAGGAAUCCUGUGUUCAUAGCGGUCGAGUCAGACUUGGUCCUGUUUUGUAAGUGCCCCCAUGACCUGGAUGAGGCUCAGGCAGAAUUGGUGGGGGAUCUGAGUGUGGAGAUUGAGAAGCUCCAAGGUGCUGCCGCUGUUCCUCCAGAUAUAGACAGAAUCAAAGAAACUCUCAUCAAAGCCAAGACGGACCUAAACCGUAAUGAGCUCAGGGUGGACUUCAGCUUUGUCCCUGGGCAAGGUGCAACCACCGUGGCCAAAGUGCGCCUGGUGGGCUACACUGAAUAUGUGAAGAAUCUCAGAGAUGUCCUUCAGGAUUACCUGUUGAAUCAGGUUUCUACAAAAGAAGUGCUGAACCUGCAACAUCCUGAAAUGGUUGACUGCUUUGGCAAAAUCCUAGAACUGAUUAGCAUUAAGCAAACACAAGUUUCUAUGAAAGAAUCCCUUCUUCCCAAUCCGUGUGUAGUCAUCUCUGGCCCCCGUUGCCAUGUGCAGGAGGCCCAUAAGGCUCUUAGGUCCGGACUAGCCAGUCUGACAUUAGAAAAGUUGGUUUUAGAUGGUCCGGGAGCUGUUCGUUACUUCCAGGCAGAAGGUAAAACCAGCAAAGAGCUGGUUGAGAGCUCCUGUAAUGUUCUGAUCCAGGAACGUCAAGCAUCAGCGCCAAGACAAUUUAUUCUUUCAACCUCAAGUCUCCGUCAUACUACAACCACCAGUCAGCAGUCCUCUUUCCUGUUUGUGGGUCUUGAAAAAAAAAAUGUUGAUGAUGCCCUAACAAAGAUUAAGAAUCUGUACCAAGACCACAGCGCCAAAAAAACCUUCACCAAUCAGGAUCUGGCAGAUCUCAUCGAGGAAGACAUAAAGAAGUUGAUGAACCUAGUAGAGACUCAGGGCCUGUAUGUGCAGGAGGACCCCUUACGCCAGGGGGGCUUGACGGUGAGCGGGUUGAAAACUGGUGUCAACCAGGUGGAGCAGAUGCUCCAAACACUCAUUCCUCUUAGGAGAGAACUGAGAGCCAAAGAGGAGGAAAGUCUGUACCCUUGCGUAGCUUGGUGCAUCCUGGGACAAAACGGUAGCUGGGAGAGGCUCCCAAAAACAACCAAUUACAAUCUGGAAAAAUGUAACACCACGAAAGGCAUAGUGGACGCACAGGGGGCUACCUGGAGUGUGAAUCUACUGAAGAUGGAGGCCAGAAGAGAUUUAACUGGACAGACGGCCAAGCUGAAACGACUUGAGAAUUUGGCAGACUUUACAUUUCCGCUGUACUGGGACAAAAUGUCUAAUAAUGAAGAAUUGGAAGAAGUGCUGCUAGAUCCUUCGUCUGCAGAGUAUCGAACCGUCCAGCAGGCAUUCAACAAAACUGCCCACAACAAAACCAUUGUAAAGAUCGGACGCUUGCAGAACGUUCAUCUGCGGCGCACGUAUGAAAUGCAGAAGAAACACAUCUCUGAAAAGAACAAAAAUGAAGGUGGAGUAGUUGAAAGACUUCUGUACCACGGGACAAGCCAGGAAAACCUCAACUCCAUCAAAACCAAAGGGUUCAACAGGAGCUUUUCUGGGAAAAAUGCAACUGCCUAUGGUCAAGGAACCUAUUUUGCUGUAGAUGCCAGCUACUCUGCCAGCCCCACGUACUCCAGACCUGAUGCCGAUGGUUUUCAGCUAAUGUUCGUGGCCCGAGUCCUGACGGGCGUUUUCACUCUGGGCCGCAGCGACAUGAGGAUGCCUCCGCCUCGCAACAGCCAGCAACCCCAUGACCGCUACGACAGCUUGGUGGAUAAUAUGAACAACCCCAUCAUGUUUGUUGUGUUCCACGAUAACCAAGCAUACCCAGACUACCUCAUCACCUUUUGUUAAGCACAUGUUUAAAAAAUUAAACUCUGUUCUCCCUUAUCUCAUAAACACUAAUACCUGAAGAAAAAGUUCUGGACCCUAGGUAACUAGUUGGCACACUUGUUUGGAAGAAAAAUUAGCAAAUACGUGACGAAGUGAGGAAGGUGUCGACUGACCCCUUUGUUCCUGUAAUGUUAAAUCAGAGGACAACAGAUUUGUUUACAUGCACAAUGCUUGCAGCAUGUUUGAAAAUGUAACAUAUUCAGAACAUCUGGGUGCUGGAGAUCUGUAAUAUCACCAUGGAGUUCUCCAAGUCAAUACAAUAAAGUUAAAAUGUAAUUUAGAAAUAAACCUUUAGCUGGCUCGGUUGAAUUUGGUGUGGAAAACACAAGAACUUGGGAAAAACCAGGAGAAGCGUCAAUUUGAUCUGCUUUGCAAAUGAGCCACAACAACGACACUCUUUCCUUUAUUAACACAAGCUUAUUGAAAGUCAGGUUAUGCAAUCAUUUGUUGAAAAAGUUUUUUUGAAAUAUUUUCAUUCUAGUCUUUCAGGGUCUGGUUUAAUAGUUCACACGUAACCUGUUUGUUUCGAAUAGGAUAAGAUAAAAAUAGAAGGUAUGGUUUCCUUCCAGGGCGGGACUUGACUGUAAUUUGACGCCUCUGUAUCCCAGGUGCUCUCAAUUCUUCAUCCCACCCAUGUGAAGUUUGCCCUCUUCCGGAAAUCCUAGCAUCAGCAGACUUUACCCAAGAGAAACACUAUAUGCCUGAAACAAAGAUCUUUGCUCACCACCGUACAUCAUAAUUACAUAUCUGGUAUGUGUGAGGCAGCUUGAGUAUUAGUUUUGUAUGUGAAUAUACUUCUACACGAUGAAUGUGGGGAUAUUACAGAAUUGUGCAAUAAUAAGUUAUUUCACAGCCACAUGAAAUGUUGGACACUGUAUUUUAAUAAACAUCAUGGAGCCAUGA